CGCGCCAAGCUGUCGCGACGUUGGCGUUUUGUCGUACGUUCCUCUGUUUCGUGUUGACGCGCGUGCAAAGCCGCCGGAGUAAUUGGUGAGGGAUCGAUCACACCCCUUGGAAGCACGAGGUGAUAACGCUGACAACGCUCCGCGGGGGUUCGUGGUCAUUUCCAUCGAGUACCGGAAGUGCCAGAAGUGUGCCUCGCAAAAGUUUUGCUUACCGUUGCAACGAUCGCCAGAGGGAGAGAGAGAGAGAGAAAGAUUUAAUUUCUAAUCGAAAUCACAAAUCGAUCGACAAGGUGGAAGUGACGUUCGUCGGGAGGACGAAUCGAUCGUCGACUUCAAUUUCCUCGUCGUCGAUGUUUCGGAGCAGUCAGUUUAAUUGAAAGAAAUUCGGAGUGUUGCACGAAUGAUAACUGUCUGUAACGCGAUGGGUGUACGCUAAUACUAUGAAGGCAGAUUAAAUUUCACGUGAGUGCAAAAUAGUGAUUCUUACGAUUGUCGACAUAAUUGCCGUUAUAAAAGCCAUCCAAUCGUGAUAAAUUAACAUUGCCGUUCUACAAUUUGUAUUGCGAUUGCAUUAACAUUCGCGUUCUGUAAUCUCGGAAUGCGGCCACGAUCGAUACAUUCGGUAUUGCAUUCUGGCCGAAAAUCAUCGUGUAUGCGGGAAAAACGAGACGAGGAGCGCAACGAGAGACGAGCGUCGGCCUUCCGACCCGAAAGUCGCGAUCGAGAAACUCUCACGGCCUGAUGUCGCCUUCUAUUCGACUUAUCAACACGUCGUGAUAAGAGCAUUUAUUACGCAGAUUACGUUCUUUGCGUUCAAUUGAUGUCGUCGCGUCUUCAAAAUUAAGAAGAAGACUCACAUAAGACUAAUAGACUCUCAACGCGUCUCGAAAGCCGUAACAACCAACACAAUUAAUUGUCCACACAAUUAAUGAGGAGUCGCGAUUGGUUGACGCGUUUCUUUGGGACGAAUUCUCGCGGGACGAUGGCAGAUAGGAGCAGCCGAAUCGUUGGUCCCGCCGAGCGCUCGGAAAUAAUCGCCGAUUGCCGACGAGGUUGAGGCCUUCGAAUGAGGAUUCGAUUGGCACGAGAGCUGGUAAGGGUCGUUUUGAUGAACUCGUUGGCGGACUCGUCAACGAAUGGCUCGCAAACAUUGCACGACGAGUGUAGCUCUCGGCGAUAAUAGCUCGCGAAUCGGCGCUCGCGUCCUUCUUGGCGCGCCGAGAACGCGCGGGGUCACGCUCGCGCGGCGAUCGAAUUAAAAAAAAUAUACCGGGCGACGCCAAUCGACAAGGAGGACGUAGCCGAGUGGCGUAGCGGAGCGGACGAUAACGAGGCGGCACGCAGAAGGAGCAUCGUCAGUGGAAAGGAGGUCCCGGCCGGCGCCUUCGUCGUCUUUCUUCUCUCUCUCUCUCUCUCUCUCUCUUUCCUCUCGGCGAGCUUGUCGGCCAACAAAGCAAUUAGCGACGAUUGGCAGCUGCUUCUUCAAUUCGGGAUUCCGCUGUGGGAGAGAGAGAGAAUUUUGGUUUUCUCUCGGGUCAAAAUGAGAAAAAGCUAGUGGACUAGAAAGGAGGUCUAAACGUUAGCGAAAACUACUUGCUCGCGAAGUCGAAAGGAGGAAACGUAGGAUCGAGAAGGGAUUAAUUUUUCAUCGAUCGGGAUCGACUCGUGCGCGAGUGCGAUAUCGAUAUGACCAGCGACGCGAAUUGACGCUUCGAAAGUGAAAGGAGGCGUUCGGAAGAGUAGCGGAAAUGAUGAUGCCGCCACCGCAAGUCGUGGGUGUCCUGCUGAAGAAACCGGGGCAGCAGACUCAUCCACGAUUACCCCCUCUGGAUCCACAGGAGACCAAAAUCAAAGGCGAGCUGUACGUGGAAGAUCUGGGUGAGAGAAGAACAGUUUCCAUCAGGAUGGGCUGGCUAUGGGUCGAAGGUACUCCGAUGAGGUUACCAUUGCGAGCAUUAAAUCUUCGUCAGGCACCACCGAGCCUCUGUCAACCUCACACAUUUGCUCUCGGUUUUACCUUGAGCGAUGCAGAGAGUCGUUCGCUCGCCACCUUUUGGGCUGACACGGAACCAAUCUAUUGGUCUUGGGUCAGAGCGAUUGCGGCCGAAUUGGUCCGGCAAACGCCGUUUCGCGCUCAACGAUGCUUGAACUUCCUGGAGAUAUUGACCAUUUGUCCGAGAGGUCCGGUUCCGUUGCCGGACAGUCCGACGGAGACGAGAAGGCGAUCUCGCAGUGAAUUACGUUGCUGGCCGAGCGAUUCACCGACGGAGAAGACGUUGUGCACAACGACGAUCCUCGACGAUUCCAGGAGAAGGGCGAGGAGUGAAUUACGCGGUUGGUCCAGUAGUAACUCGAGCGACGAAGACCUGUUGGGAGAAUUUCGAAGCAUACCCACUGUGAUAAGCAACAAGGACCAACCGGUCAGCAGAGCGUGGGGUUGCAGCGAAAGCAGCGAGGGUAGCGACGACAGUCUCCCUUGGGGUGGCGUAUGCCGGUCGAGCGAUACAGUGGACUCCCGCAGCGUCCCCUUACCGGAACCAGAAACGAGGGAACAGAGGAUACAGAGGUACAAAGAGGCGCGCAGACGCGAAAACGAAGCGAGAAGUCGACGAGUCCUUGAAGAGGACGCGAGGCGGAAAGCAAGAGCCGAGGAAAACAACAACAACUUGCCGAAGAUCUACGGUAGAACUAGGAGUAGGAUUUGUUCUGUCAACGAUAACGAUGAUGCUCAUCCGACCCGUUCGCCUAAAACAGAGCUUCUUACGUCGACCGACGUACGAAAGCGAAACGAGAAUUCGAUCGUCGAUCGACUACCUCCGCUCAAACCGAACGAGACCUCCACAGUGAGGUUUACUGAGGAAAAUUAUCGAAACGAGGACGACAAACGGAACAAUAACAGUUCUAGAAGUGGGAACAACAGUCCUGGAAUACUCAGGCCGGACAUCAACGAGAGGAGAAGUAGAGCCAGAGAGAGGAGAAUUAUUCGUGAUAAGGCGCAGCUAUCGCAGAUUCAGCAAUUGACGACCGGUAUCACCAUCGCCAACGUGGAAACUCUUCGGGAGCGGAAAGAGCGGCUGGCUCUCCUGUCUUCCAGAAUUCCCAUUCCCCGUCAGUUGUCGCAGCCUUGCCAAAAGUCCACGGAUUGCCCGGCAAUUGCAUCCCCGAUCAAUUCUCCGUCAGCCUUAACGGUACCACCUUGCGAAGAGGACGUUGCCAAACUUCUAGAGCGAUGUCAGAGGGUAGACAAAUACGUGCCGGUGCGGGAGAAGCUGACUUUAUUUGAAUCCCUUUCGAGAUUAGGCGGUCGCCUGGCCAGAAGCACGGAAGAUCUUGGCCGAACAUCUUGCAAGCCUAGUCCCAAGGGCAAGCAACGCGCCCGGUCUCUUCACGAUCUCAACCGAGGCGCCAGGGCUCUACCCGUGAGAGAGAUGUGUCGAUUUUUUGAAGGCGAUCUAGAGCAGGACGCUUCGAGUCAGAAAGCGAUGAAUCUUGCGAAAACGAGAUUUAGCGAUCCACCCGCGAAAAACACAUGGAAAGACCCGAGUUCGAAACACGAGGCACCAUGCAUCAGCACUUCCGUGAGAAAGAAACAUUAUCUAAAGUGAACGCAACUAGUGAAUCGUUCUUCUAGGACAUUUUAGAGCUUAAUCCUCUAAUAAGAUGGAUUUUCAGUAUAAAGGAAAAUAGAGUUGGACAUGAUGCUAUUUUGUUGAUUUUAUUAAUAUAAUAUACAAAAUGUGUAAAAGAAGUUAAAUAAUAUAAUAUAAAAUCUGUUCUUCUGUUAACAACGUAAAAUGUGCGCUGUAAAAUAGAAGUCGCAUCCAACCCCAUCUCAUUAUUAGAGAGUUAAGAAUUAAUAUAUCCUCAAAUUCACGCCUUAUUGAAAAUGAAGUAGCGAACUCAAAAGGGCGGAGUAAUUAUUCAAUUAUUUUCAUUAUUCUUAUAUCUUCCUCUCAGCAUAAAUUUUCAUAAAUCAUGCCGGUUUUUGUAGCCAGUGUAAAGUUAGAAAAUAUUUUCCAAUCGAACAAACUGCGAUACAUAAAAACCCAAAAAUCAUAACUGAUUUCCGUUUCUAUCGCGUGACUGAUAAAUCAAUGUAAAUAUUAAUUAAAAAGAUCAAAGUUUGCGAGAGUUCCUCUCAAAUAGAACACAAAAUCGUAAUAAGAUCAAAACAUCAAGGAUUUUAUUUUAAGAAAAAUCAUAAGAGAAAGAGAGAGAGAAAAAAAGAGAGCGAUGUCAAGAAUUCAUUACUAAAUCAAAAAUGUAUCGAAUGACAUUAUUAUGAUUUUUCCUAAAAUAACUUCUACAGGAUCCAACAAAAGUUAUACAAUGUUUUUUGUUAAAAAGAACACAAUUUUUGGCAGAAUCCUUUUUCAUUCGACAAAAUAUCUUCAGUAGACGGUGACAAAAUUAUUUGAACAGGAUAGCCAAAUGACCACUUCUUUUUGCACUCUGAUACUCUCGGUGAAAUUUUUUAUGUCAUCACUGGCGAUUCAAUCUCGGCGAUGGACUGGAUGUUCACAUAUUGUUUUUAUUUUUGUAUAUCUUAUACCGAUCCAGUUUCCUCGAAUUUCUUCACUAUACUGCGAUGAUGAUAUGCUCUGUUGGGCGAUUGUGCUAGCCAAAAUAAUUAAAUUACAAAGUUUUCGAAAUGUGAUUUUGAUCACAUUCCGCGAAUUUUCAUAAAAUGUUUGGAUAAUUUUUUCGCGUAGUUUGAUGUUGUAUCGCUCCAUAUCGCACAUUAAAUUGCCCACAUAUCAAGAUGACACACGUCAAAGUUAGUGACAAGUUAAUGUUGAAUUCAUGAGUGCGUUCCGAAGUUACAUUCCGACUUCGUAUAACUUCUGUCGGAUAAUCCUGUACCCGAUGUCAUCUUGAUCUUAUUACGAUUUUAUGUUCUACCUGGACCCUUACUGAUAACAGUAAUUAAUUUUAGAUAUUCGCCUAAUUCAAGUGUCCUCAAGAGGGACCCGAAUCGUGAAUCGAUAUACUUUUAUCAAUUGUUGGAUAGAAUAAAUUAUUUAUAUACACCGAUAUCCUGCGCUCUUAAAGGCAUUUACGAUUUAUUGAUUUAUUUCGUCAGAGCCUAUAAUUUCUCUUGUUUGAUAACAAUCAGUUCCUUGAUGAUCCUCAUGGUUUCGGAUACGCGAAGCUAACUCGAUUUAAUUGUUUAUCAAACACUUUAGAUUAGAAUCAAACUUUGUUGAUUGCGUCGCGGGCGACGAUUGUCGCACUUGCGCCGAGAGAAAGUCGCCGCGCGCGCAGGCUCUUUUUCACGCUCUCGAGGCCCCGAACCGUGCUUGAUUCUCUCAAAUUGCUGGUUGUCGCGAUCGGCCAUCAAAGUAAAGGAAACAGGAGAGACCGAUACUUAUACUGCGUGUCUUACGAAAGUGAAAAUAAAGAAUAUAAUUGUCAUAGAAAUUUCUUAUCUCAGAAUUAGAAAUCUAUUUUCCUUUUUGAAGAAUAUUCUGAACUAAUAAUAAUGUAACGCUGGUGCAAUAAUAAUAAUGGUUUUUCGAUGAUCUUCUGAUGGAUCAGUUUACACCAGCUCAGAACAUUCUUCAAACGAGAACAGACCUCUGAUUUAGAGGUGAGAAACUUUUAUGAUGAUCAUAAAAUUCUAUUCUUUGUCACACGCGUAUACCAAUUCAAAACAUUUUUUGAAAAAGGGCAGACCUUAGAUUUCAUCUUUAUUUGUUACACGAAUAUCACCUCGGAUCAUAGACAAUUCGUUUGCAUUCAAAAAUAUAGCAUCAGCAUAUAACUUUUUGCGUGCAGUUAUGCGUAUCAGCGAGAUCAAGCGUGGCCGAUCAUGAUAUGAGGGGAAUGACGGAAAAAGAAAGAGAGACAGAUAAAUAGAGAAAGAGAGAGAGAGAGAGAGAGAGAGAGAGAGAGAGAGAGCGGAAGGGAGAGGGGGAAUUGGAGAAACCGGUAAUUUACGUUCACCGCGAGCGAUUGCCGCAACGUCGAACACCUGUAUGUAUACAAACUAUACGUACCGCGAAUCGAUCGCCGAGCUCAUUUUUCGAUUAGCCUGAAUUCGAUCGUCGGGAUUUUAAUCGGGCAACAGCUCAUUCGUUUGAGCACCCAAAGAAAUGAAUAUAGUAAGUAUCGCGAACGUUUAUAGCGU